CUUUAAAGUGGCAGGAAUACAAUGAAGCGAGGGAGGAAUCUGCAUCUGUACGCUGCCUUUGUGUUGGGAGGGGCGAUGGAGUCGACAAUCUAAGUAAAACACGUGAUUUUGCGGCGUAUAUUUUGCUGGAAAUCCGGAAGAGCCACCGACAGAAAAUGAGUCGGAAGUCGCUGCUAGGCAACUAGGAAACGUUCCGUGUAAAAUGCUUUGGCAAGAGAGGAGCAAACCUUCUUGAAGAUCAAGAGAAGAAAAUGAGAUCUACAGACUUCUGUCUCAGCUCUGAAGGAGCCGAUGUUAUUCUGGCAACCUCGAGUGACGAAAACUUCCCUCCAGAAAACAUCACUGACGGACGAUCCGAUACAUUUUGGACAACAACUGGGAUGUUUCCACAAGAAUUUAUUAUAUGUUUCCAUAGAUGUGUAAGCAUCAGCAAACUCACAGUCCAGUGUUAUUUAGUGCGGAUGUUACGGAUUGAAAAAAGCAUGUCCAAAGAUCCAGUAGAUUUUGAACAUUGCAUUGAAAAGGAGCUACAAUAUAAAGAAGGGGAGCUUCAAACAGAAGAAUUUUCGCUUCCUGAACUCCAAGCAACACACUUAAGAUUUAUCAUUUUGUCUGGUUAUGAUGCUUUUGUGUCAAUUCAUAGGUUGAUAGCAGAUGGAAUAGCACAAGAGAUUUAAAAUCAGACUUAGGUGCUGCAGUCAGAAAAACAGUAAUAAAAUUGUAUUAAUGCAAUGUAGAUUUCUAUCCAAACAUUACAUUUAAAUAUGCUUUGUAA